CACAGUUGUUAAAUGUAAGACGAAGACAUGUAGAUACUGUACCCAACAUGGCACAAGCUGUACUCAGGAUGCACAAAUAUGAACGACUACAAGAUGGAGUUACCGAGGCGAUUCAAUACUUCUUGGAUAGACUUUAUACUAACAGGAUUUCAAUUCACAUGUUGAUAUCUCACUACCAAUCCUUGCACGGUAUCACAAAAUCUGAAGGUGGCCUGGUGGGAACCAUUGAUCCACAUUGUGAUCUACUUCAAGUUGCAGAAGAGGCGUACAGUGCUGCAUCUUUGUUGUGUGAUAAUGAAUAUUUUGAUCAUCCUAAACUAGUUAGCACUGCUGUUGAUACUACUGAUGAGAAUAUAAAUACUAGGGGUAGAAUAACUGCAGUUUAUGUUCCGGCUCAUCUUCAUCACAUCCUCUUCGAAAUAUUCAAGAAUUCUAUGCGUGCAUCCUGUGAGUGGGCUGAGCAGAAGGAGCUAAGCGAGAUCCCGCACAUAAGAUUAAAAAUCUACAAGACUGCAAAUGAUAUUACUCUCAAGAUAUCGGACAGGGGUGGUGGUAUUGACAGAGCUAGAAGAGCAAAGAUAUUCAACUAUAUGUACUCCACUGCUCCUAAGGUUCUAAGUGAUGGUAGUGGUGGGUCCUAUGGUGUUGGAGAAGGCCUGUCCUCUGAAGCACUUCCUAUGCAUGGUCUAGGAUACGGUCUACCCUUGUCUAGACUUUAUGCCAGAUAUUUCAAGGGGGAUAUCAAGGUUGGGAGUGUUGAUGGUCUAGGAAUAGAUGUUUACGUCUAUCUUCAUAGAAUAUCUCAACUUGCUCAGGAGAACCUGCCUGUGUAUAAUCAUGUGUCCUCUACUAAACUUACAUCAACGUCCACCCAGGUUCCCGACUGGACUGAUAAAGAUAUCAAGUACUAAAAAAUCCAGAGUGUCCUUCCCUCAGAUUCCUUCAGAAUAGGGUUCCAAGUUUUUCCGGAAUAAUUUGGUUUUGCAAAUGUCGUAUACGGGAUCUUUCCUGAAGCUGUUAAGAAUGAAAAACCUUUAAACCCUUUUAUAGAUUAAGGGUUGAACGUUACUUAACAAUAAAGAUACGAAUUGCAGAAACAAAAAACUUUUUUGGAACGAUAAUAUUCGUUGGGAAUUGAUCCUAAAAUUUGGGUUUCAUAAUUACGUUUAGUAAGGCUACCCUUAAUUCCUAAAAGUUUUGAUGUUGCACUGAAUUCACAACAGCUUCAGAAAAGGUUCCGUAACUUUGUGCGAAAAAUUGAAAGCUCUAAUACAGAACCACGUCAGAACACAUUGUCUCUCCUUAAUACCUUACUUGUCCAUAUGGUUAUUCUUCUAUGUUAAAACCUGUAGUUUUUUUUCAGUUAUAUUUUUAAUUUUAAAGAGACUUGAAGUGGCGUUAUUAUAAGUGACCCUCAUUUAUUCAGUGGUAUUUCCGAUUUACUAUGGUACCCUUUAAACCUUCGUCUUGGUCAGUGUUUUAAAGAAAUCCUUAUUUUUUCAGUUGAAAAAUGUACUUGUGGGUUUGCCCUUUAAAGGGAGGGUCAUUUGAAAUAACGUCGACUGUCCCUUUAAAGGAUUCUCUAAUCUUGGAUCAUCACCAUCUCUGAAUGGAGGAUACACCCUAUCUGUAAAUGUUUUCCAGGGUGAAAAUCAUCUUAUUUUUAUUAUAAAUUAUAAGUUAUUUUCGGUUUUAAUUAGUUGAAUUAAAUUAGGUGCUAUGUAUAUUUUUAAGAAAUUUUCUAUUCUUGAUACUGAGAAAAGUUGUAAAAAAAAUGUCCCAAAAAAUCUAUGAAUUCACGGGACAAAUUUCAAAAUAACUAUUAUACUUUAAACGAUUAAAAUCAAAAAAUGUCUUCGAAUAUAUUUUGAAAGCUCAUGGAAAAACUUUUGAUACAUCCUACAGUGCUUGAAUUAAAUAUCCAAAUGUCGUAUGCCAUGUUUAUUGGACAUUCUGUAUGAAUUAAACUUUGUUAUUCGUAUAUAUAGAUUUGUAGUUUUUUAUUGUAUGUAGUCAAUAAAUAUUAUCUGCUCAUUGUUCAA